AUGAAGAAAAGACGAAAACGUAUUAGCGCACGUUGUUUAUGGACAUCUCUUUUGGCUCUCUGUAUGAUAAUAUAUUUUUCAAUACUGAUCGCAGAUACGAGAAGUUACAACAUAUUUGACGAAUUUAUGACACCAGCAAGUGGAGAAAACAGUGAAAAAAUCAAUCAGUCUCGGCAUGAUCAUUGCCAAGUUCUACAUUUAGCUUUGAUUGUUUGUGGAGACGCCCAAUGGGCUUAUUCUUUAUCAACGCUUGCUAAAAGUAUUCUUCGUUAUCGCCAACAAAAAGUUGUUUUUCAUUUAAUUGCUGAUGAUAUUGCCAGGAGAAUAAUAUCCAUGCUAUUUGUUACAUGGCGUUUACCAGAGGUUAAAGUAAUAUUUUAUAAUACAUCACAAUUUAUGAGUCGGAUUUCAUGGAUUCCGAAUCGGCAUUAUUCUGGUAAAUACAGUUUUCUGAAACUUAUAUUACACGAAAUUUUGCCUGCUGAUGUCAAUAAGGUUAUUACACUUGAUAUGGACACCUUAGUUAUGGAUGAUAUUGGUCAGUUGUGGUCAUUUUUUUCGAAGAUGAGUACUUUACAAGCUAUUGGUUUAAUUGAAAAUUUAUCAGACUGGUAUCUAACCAAUACAAGUUUAUCUCAAAGAAAAGUUUGGCCAGCAUGGGAUCGUGGCUUUAAUACCGGUGUAAUGUUAUUAGACCUAACAAAGCUAAGGAAUAUGAAUUGGACUUUUUUAUGGAAUGAAACUGCAUCGCAAAACAUUUAUAAUUACGGUUUAGCUGAAUUGGCAGAUCAAGAAAGUUUAAUCAAUGAUAUAAUCAAUGCAUUCAUAAACAGUCAUCGAUGGAUCGUACAACGAAUUUCCUGUGAAUGGAACUUCCAGUUGGGGUUUCAAUCACAACAAAGCUUAUGCCCAGUAAAAUUUUUUAAUUUGAAGUUGGUUCAUUGGAAUUCGCCGCUCAAAAUGAGAACAGUGAAUCGCUAUGCAGUGUUUUUCCGUCGGUAUUACAAUGAAAUGAAAGACAUGGAAGGCAAUAUGUUUCGAUCUAAUAGAUUACGCUGUCAAGAUCAUUCUAAGUACUCAUCUAUUUCAAACGUGUAUGAAUAUGAUGACAACGAUGAUGGUUGCGCUAAAAUUCGGCAUAUGCGCUGGAUAACAUAUCGAACUUUACUAUAUAUAAUUCCCUGUAACUUAACCGUGAUUACAAGGAAUAUUGUUUUGAUAACACAGUUCAGCAUGGAUCGCUUGAUGCAUUUCGACAUGCUCUUAAAACAUUGGGAUGGACCUGUAUCGGCUGCCGUUUAUGUAUCAGACUUCGAGCUUUCGCAACUCCUUCAAUAUUUUGAAGACACAAAUACAUUUUCAAAUAGAACGAAUGUUGCAUUACAUGCAGUUUAUAAAGAAGGCAUAUACUAUCCCAUAAAUUAUCUUCGAAAUGUUGCAUUAAAUAGCAGCAGCGAUGCAUCAUUUGUGUUUUUGAUUGAUGUCGACUUCAUACCUAAACCAGGACUGUAUUCCAUGUUGUGUCAAAAGCUACUAACAAGCAAUAUAGUAACCAAAAAAGCAUAUGUAGUGCCAGCUUUCGAAUAUAUAGGCAGUGGAAUUCCAAUUGUUCCAGAGACUAAGAAUGACUUGCUGUUAGAAAUUGACAAACGACGCAUGCAAAUUUUUCGCCAAGAAAUAUGGAUUCAAGGUCACGCUGCUACAAAUUACAGUCACUGGAGAUAUGCAGAGCAAGAAUAUUCGAUACCAUGGAGAAAUGAUUAUGAACCUUAUAUCGUGGUAAGGCGCAGUCGACUGCCGUUGUAUGACCAACGAUUUGCUGGUUUCGGCUGGAACAAAGUGUCCCACAUAAUGUCACUCAAUGCUGCUAAGUAUGAAUUCGUCGUAUUGCCUAAUGCAUACAUCAUCCAUCAGCCACAUCUACCGUCCAUCGAAGUGGCACAUUAUCGUCUAUCAGCAACAUACCGCAAGUGCUUGAAAGCUCUUAAAGGUGAAUUUGUACGUGACUUAAUUCGUGAGCAGAAAAAAAGACAGAUGUUGAAUCAUUCCACAAGCCUCCACAACUAUUGA